GGAGGGAGGAAGGGCAUGCAACAUCCGAUUUUGAAUGACACGCAGAACGUGCAAUGGGACUUUGCUUAGUACACAAGUUCUGUAGAUUGACAAACUGUUUUCCAAUCAGGUUUCUUUGUGAGGUGUUUACUGUACAGUUGCAAUAUUUCUGUCCAAUCCCUGUGUGGAAACGGGGCGGGAUGAGCGUUACUAAGACAAGUCUUGAGUCAAGUAUAAAGGGAAUAACAUGGUACCCCUGUGGCUGUUGAUGUUUACCUGAAGAAAGGAAUAAGCGAACAACUGCCUUAUUUGAUGUUUUUGUAUAUAAGUUUACGUAUUUUUGUACUUUGUAGAUUUACACUGCCAUUGGCAUGUAAAUCGCACAUUCACUAAUGUGCCAAUAUUACAAAUGGAAAAGGGGUUUCACUUUGGAAACGUGAGCAUUUCCCUGGUGCUCCUGUUGUUGCUGAAAGCAUUGACUGGGACGUCUCAAACUCAAAACUCCGUCGUCGGGAGGGAGCCCGCGCCUGCCAUCCCGGGCUCAGACACAGCAGGUGAACAUGGUUCAGGAGUUAUGGAGAAAAGCUUGGGAAAUAUCGGCGCCCCGAUCAUUGGAGACGUAACGGUGGAGGACGACGAGAACGGGGCGACAGGGGAGGAGGAUGAGUCGCAUGAAGCCUACUCCGGAAAUAUUCCACCGACAAGGUCUCUGGUGAUCAUCAGCACGCUGGACGGACGAAUCUCGGCUCUGGACCCCAACAACCAGGGACGCAAGCAGUGGGACCUGGACGUGGGGUCUGGCUGCCUGGUCUCCUCCAGCCUCAGCAAGCCUGAGGUGUUCGGCAGUAAGAUGUUCAUCCCAUCCCUGGACGGAGCCCUGUUCCAGUGGAAUCGGGACCGGGAGGUGAUGGAGGCGGUUCCGUUCAGCGUGGAGUCUCUGCUGGAGUCGUCCUACCGCAUAGCCGAGGACACAGUCCUGGUGGGGGGAAAGACCCUCACCACCUACGGCCUGGGAGCGUACAGCGGCAAGCUGAGGUAUAUCUGCUCUGCGGUUGGCUGCAGCCGCUGGGGUGAGGAUGAGACGGGGCCUGAGGACCUGCUGCUGCUACACAGGACCCAGAAGACUGUCCGCGCCGUCCGGCCUCGCUCCGGCCUCGAGAAGUGGAACUUCAGUGUUGGUAACUUUGAGCUGAAGUUGGUGUCUGACCAGCAGUCGGGUCUGAGUUUCCUGGAGGGGGAGCUGGCCAGCGGGGACAUGUGGAAGGAGGAGAGGAGAGAUGGGCAGCGCGUCAUACAGGAGGAGGCCCAGGUGGAGAACCAGGACUUGGUCAUCAAGGUCUCUGUGCCCGACUGGAAAGUCCUAGCCUUCAGCACCAAGUCUGGAGGACAGCUGGUCUGGGAGCACCAGUUCUGCACCCCCAUCGCUGCCGCCUGGCUGGUGGGUGGGGGCAAGGUGACGCCCAUCAGCCUGUUUGAUGACACGCGCUACAGCAGCCAAUCAGACGCUGAGCCUGAGGAGGAAGACAUCAUGGAGCAGGCCAGGGGUGCCACAGAGUCCAGCGUGUACCUGGGUAUGUUCCAGGGCCAGCUCUACCUGCAGUCGUCUGUCAGGGUCUCAGACAAGUUCCCCUCCCAGGCACUAAAGGGCCACAACGGCCACAUGCCCGUCGUCAAGUGGAAACCCCUCAUCCACUCCCCCUCCCGCACCCCAGUCCUGGUGGGUUCUGAUGAGUUUGACAAGUGCCUAAACAAUGACAAGUUCUCCCAUGACGAGUACAGCAACGGAGCGCUGUCCGUCCUGCAGUAUCCCUACGAUAACGGCUACUACUACAGCCAGCGGUACAGGGAGAAGCGUGGUGCGGAGGUGAGCCAUCUCCCCAGCGAGGGCCGGCGCAGGAAGGACCCGGUGCUGCUGCUGCCCUGGUGGAAGGAGAUCCUGGGGACCAUUAUUCUCUGCAUCGCCACCACCACGUACAUCGUACGCAAGUUCUUCCACCCCCCUGCCCCUGUCAUGUACAUACGGCAACGGAAGGAGUCAGAGACGCAGUGCCAGACGGACAGCAAGUUCGACCCCCCGGCCGUGGACUCCACCUCAGAGAUGGUUGCCAUAGAAACUCGUCUCAGCGACUACGUGUCCAGGUAUCUGACAGACUUUGAGCCGGUGCAGUGUCUGGGCAGAGGGGGGUUCGGGGUUGUGUUUGAGGCCCGGAACAAAGUGGACGACUGCAACUACGCCAUCAAGAGGAUCCGCCUGCCCAACAGGGAGCAGGCCAGAGAGAAGGUGAUGCGGGAGGUGAAGGCGCUGGCCAAGCUGGAGCACCCUGGUAUCAUCCGCUACUUCAACGCCUGGCAGGAGAGCCCUCCACACGGCUGGCAGGAGGACAUGGACCAGAGGUGGCUCAAAGAUGCCAGCACCACUGACUGGCACCUCAGCUUCCCAGACCACAUGGAGGCCCUGUCGGUCAAAGUGCCUGUGUCAUCCGCCUCCGGUCCCGACGGGGACGGGGGGGCGAGGGGGUCCGUCUCCCCGGGCGACCAGGCUCUGCUGUUCAGCAGCGGGGGUUUGAGGGGGGGAUACGGCCUCCCUCCGGGCCAGGACAGCCUGAUGUCGGAGCAGGACAGCCAGCCAGACCCCGAGGCCUCCGACACCCCCCACUCCUUCGAGCUGUGCCCCCCGCGCGGCCCCCCCGACCGCACCUCCUCCUCCUUCGACAUCGUGUUCGAGGACUCCGGCUGCGACCGCGACGCCCACGGAGAGACGGACUCCGCCUCCGGCGCCACCAGCCCUCACACGCUCACCGAGGCUGGUUCCUCUUCCUCCCUCACCCGGGGACAGGACCCUCCUGCUGCCCCCUCCUCCUUGCCCCCCCGCCCCACCUCCCUCUGCCUGGCUCCCAGCCCCCUCCGGGGCUCCUCGGGCCCCCAACCGCCCCAGCGCCCCUCCCCCAGGGUGCACCUUUACAUCCAGAUGCAGCUGUGCCGGAAGGAGAACCUGAAGGACUGGAUGUCCCAGCGCUGCCUGGCGGACCAGAGGCAGCGAGGACAGUGUCUGGACAUCUUCCUGCAGAUCGCUGAGGCGGUCGACUUCCUACACAGCAAGGGCCUCAUGCACAGGGACCUCAAGCCGUCCAACAUCUUCUUCACGCUGGACGACGUGGUGAAGGUGGGGGACCUGGGGCUGGUGACGGCCAUGGACCAGGACGAGGACGACGAGCCCAGCGUGCUCACGCCCCUGCCAGCCUACCCCCGCCACACCGGCCAGGUCGGCACCAAGCUGUACAUGAGCCCAGAGCAGCUGUCUGGAAACUCUUAUUCCCACAAGGUGGACAUCUUCUCUCUGGGGCUGAUUCUGUUUGAGCUGCUCUUCCCCUUCCGCACCCAGAUGGAGAGGGUUCGGACUCUGACUGAAGUGAGGGCUCUGCAGUUUCCUGAUGUUUUCGCCAAGGACAACGUUCAGGAGCUGGGGAUGGUGCGGCGCAUGCUGUCGCGGAGCCCCCCGGAGCGGCCCGAGGCGGCGGAGAUCACGGAGACGCCGCUGUUCCAGGAGCUGGAGCUCCCCUGCAGGAUGAGGCAGCGCUCACGCACAUACAGCUCCUCCUCCAGCGGGCGGCCCGCACGCUCUCACAACACCUGAACACACACACACACCACCUGAACAGACACACACACUCAUACCACUUGAACACAAACACACACACCACCUGAACACACGCCACCUGAGCACACACACACAUGCCCCUUGAACACACAUAUAUACACACACACACACACACACACACACACCAUGACCAUCCUCAUGCUAGGGGUCUCCAGCCCUGUUCCUGGGGAGAUAUCUGCCUGUUGGUCUUGGCUCCAACCACGCUUAUUUGACCUGAUUCAACACUAUAGUUACCUGAUGAACCAGCUAAUUAUAAGAAUCAGGCGUGUUAGAUUAGUGUUGGAGCGAAAACCUACAGGCAGGUAUCUCAUCAAGAACAUGGUUGGACCCCUGCUGACUAGACCGUCUACUGAUCACCCCCUCAGGACCAGCCACACACACGCACAUACACACACACUACUUGAACACACACACACCCUGACCAUCCUCACACUAGUGACAGUCUACUGCCUCCCUCCCCCAACACUCAACCCCACAUGCCAGUCUGUUGCCUAUGAAGAGCACUAACCUAAGAAGACCAAACAAUCUUCCCCCACCCCAGCCCCCAAACACUCACGUCACAUGACUUCUCGCCAAAUCCACCCUCCGUGUUGCUUUUACGUAGCUCGUCAAACAGCCAGUAUGUUUUCUUAUGCUACAGCUCAGAGGACAGGAGGGGUGAGGGUUAAACUCUGAGAGGAGGGGUGAGGAGGGGUGAGGGUUAAACUCUGAGAGGAGGGGAGGGGAUCUUUGUUCACUUCAUCACUCUCGAACACCCCAUCGUUCCUGAUCUGGGAGACCAAAUAAACAAGAACCGCCUUUCUGCAUGUCUGGGAGAGAGGGGAUGGUGUGUGGACCAGUCUCUCGCACCUGCCUUGGGGCUGGGCUUGGGGAGAGGGGGUUUGUCACUCUCUCAUGGGACAGGCGAGCCAGUCUGUGUGUGUAGUAGAGGGGCUGAGGUCAAUGCUGUACUGUAUGUUCCUGACAAGAGGAGCGCUGUGUGUUUAUCCCCAAAAAAGAUCUAUUUUUCUUUUUUUGCAAGCGUGUAAAUGUAAAAGACUUCUGCUACAGCUGGAGUUUCCUGCUCGAAUCUGCCCAGCAUUUAUCUUCCUGCCCUCGUCGACUUCUGUAAAUAAUGGCAAAAAGAAAGAACAAGAACAACUGUUUGGUUGGUAUGUUGACUGAGCGUGUGGGCUGGGGCAGGGCCGUGGACAUGGCUGCUCGUGUACAGAGCUUUAGGAGAGACAAACAAUAACUAGAUGAUGAGUUUUAUAAAGUGUCUGAAUGUGUCAUGGGCUCCUAAGGCCAGGGUUAGCUGUUUUCACCUGUCAGUUCAACCUGCUCUCCUCUGCUUAUCUUCACACUGGCCUGGCAGGCUCCAAGAAUCACCUAGGUUCGUCUGGUCUAGGAGCAUUGGGUAGCCUGAUUUGUAAAGUAAAUUUGUAGAUUAUCUAUAGAUGCUCAAUAUUUAGUCAAUAACCUAUCAACAUAUAAUAAUAAUAAUAAUAAUAAUAAUAAUAAUAACCGUCAACAAACCCUAACUCCACCCCUCAUCCCAGCCCUAACUCCACCCCUCAUCCCAGCCCUAACUCCACCCCUCAUCCCAGCCCUGACUCCACCCCUCAUCCCAGCCCUGACUCCAGCCCUCAUCCCAGCCCUGACUCCACCCCUCAUCCCAGCCCUGACUCCACCCCUCAUCCCAGCCCUGACUCCACCCCUCAUCCCAGCCCUAACUCCACCUCUCAUCCCAGCCCUGACUCCACCCCUCAUCCCAGCCCUAACUCCACCCCUCAUCCCAGCCCUAACUCCACCCCUCAUCCCAGCCCUGACUCCACCCCUCAUCCCAGCCCUAACUCCACCCCUGAUCCCAGCCCUGACUCCGCCCCUCAUCCCAGCCCUGACUCCACCCCUCAUCCCAGCCCUAACCAGGUGGUAAUCAGCAGCAGAGCUGUAGUUGAUACUCUGUAGUUUGAGCAUCUACAGCUAGUCUACAGAGGACUGUGAGUGUGUCCUCGCAUUGUUGUAGGAGAGACACAUGGAGAGGUUCCAGUUAUUACACACGCUAAUUGUAAUGUAUUUAAUUAUUGAUUGUACCUUUUCUAAUGGUUUUUUGAUAAGAUGCAAUUUGGCAGGCAUUUUUUUGGGAUCACUGUAAAAUCUUUAUUGCCACUGAUGCAGGAAGUGGAGUCCACCCUAGGCCCUCGUGUCUGAACGGGUGAUUCCUGGCAGUUCAACACCUGUAACAAGUGUUUCUUUAGUUCAGGGGUUCAGGCACGUCUAGAUGUUUUCAAUGCUGUCUGAUGCUUGUGAUUGAAAAGAGCAAAGAUCAGUAUCUUCUGCAGAGGACUGACAUUUCACAACUCUAACGUGAUACUUUAUGUUCUGAAGGAAUAGGGAUUAGAGUAAGUUUGGUCAGUCUCAUCAAAUAUAGUUUAUUCGAUUUGUUGAAUGUCUUUUGGAAAAUGAAGAAAGUCUUGUCUCAAAAGUUGAUCUGUUGUCUACAGCUGCCCCUGUAGCUGUCCCUUCAGAACAUGCAUGUUCCUUUUACUUUCUUGAGAUACAAGAUCAUUCAAAAUACCAUGUCUUUCUACAUUCACAGUUGAGACUUAGGUGUAUGUUAUAGAAUAUUUGUUGUCACCAAAAGCAACACCUAUAUUAGUAUGAAAUGAUGACAUGGCUUCAGUCUGCCCCACUGUUUCCUUGACAACCUUUCUGUGAAUUUUCAGUUAGUUCAGUCCCCCCAGCCAUCUCCACACAGGGGUCUAGUGUGUCUCUACACAAUUUAUUCUCUGUCUGUCUGGAAUUGUAAAUAUGUGUAUUUGUUUUUAUUUAUGUUCAAUGCUGAAAUCAAUCCUUUUUGGAUUGGUGGUACUUGUAUAUGAAUAUAUAAAUGCGCUUCAUCCAAUGAAGUGCAUUGAAAUUAUGACUUCAUACAAGUCUAAAUUUAAUAAACGUUCUAUUACAUUUGUA